CUUGUUAACCACCACAUGAGCCAAUUGUGGGGCCACAAUCAAAAUGCUCUGUAAAAUCAAUUAGUAUCGCAUGGCAAUGCGCCGCCGGCGAACUCGUUGAGAAGAACUUUUGUCAACAAGCAGAAUUCUUCGUUGAAGGGUUUGCUACAAUGGCAAUGAAACCACGUGCCAUAACGGCAAAGGGACUGCAGUCACUCCUUGUACGCAUCGGUUUAGCAUCAUCAGGAACCAAGUCAAUCCUCGAGGAACGCUUUCGGCACAGCUUCAUCAAACCCCGUCUCUUUGCUCGUCAUCCAGAAUGGGAAGCCUCGCGGCCUACAGACCAAAAACUCCGCAUCAUGAGCAUCGACAUGGGUAUCAAGAAUCUAGCUUUCUGCGAGGCCGAAGUCUCAUACCCCGUGAAAGACAGUCUGAAUGCGAAGAUGGAUGUCUUGAGGUGGGAAAAGGUGGAUCUUGCUUCUGUAAGACAUCAAGGCGCGACCGAGGGCAGCCAACUAGACACGACCAGACUGGGUGACACAGAAGUGGACGCAGAUGAAGAGGUGGAUCCUUAUUCCCUGGAUACUUUGUCUAAAACUGCGUACAAGCUUAUCAAGGAAACGAUACUAUCUGGGUCUCCGGAUGUCAUCUUGAUCGAAAAGCAGAGGUGGCGGUCAGGCGGUGGUAGCGCGGUACAGCAGUGGACGCUUCGCGUGAACACAUUGGAAGGUAUGUUAUGGGCUGUGCUGGAAACGAUACAGAAAGAGACAGAUGUCACCCAGACAAACAAGGAAAAGAAGAACCUAUACGCCGUUUUUGCCGUAGACCCAAAGCGCGUAGGACACUACUGGCUCGGACAAAAUGCACAGCGUCUUGCCGCCGACGAAGCUACUUCCUCACUCGCAAAAGACAUUCAAACCGAAGCGGAGGGCCAGCCCACACUCAGCCGCUCCAAAGCCGAAAAGAAAGCCAAAAUCUCUCUCCUGCGCUCCUGGCUCACUGCAUCCCCUCCCUCCACCUCAUCCACAAUCACUAGAUCAACACCCCCGAUCUCCUUCGUAAUCAGCAAUCACGCACAGCCCGCCUACCGCGCCCUCUGCUUCCCCUCCACGCCCACCCGCCGCAAGAAGCAGAAUAGCGAGUUCAAGGAUGCAGAGAUUGUACUUGACGAUACCUCAGGAUCCGAAAUGAAGAAGCUGGACGAUGUCACUGAUUGUUUUCUCCAGGCCGCGGCAUGGGUGAGCUGGGAGUCGAAUCGCGUGCAGCUAUGCGAUAUUUGGAGGAGGAACGUGAGACGGCAUGGCGGUUGGAUGGAUGAGAAUGAAGUGGAUUUGAGUGAAUUGAAUAAUGAUCGGUUGCUGGAGAUGUGGGAGGAGGUUGAAGGGUGAUGGGGGAGAGGGGGGGGCUGCGUUAUCACUAUUUUUCUUCUUUUCCUGCUCAUUGUACUGGUAACAGGGCUGCUGCACGAAGAAAAAUAUACUGUGAAUUUUCCUUCUGUUGGUUUGAAGGCGAAAAAAAAAUAGUAGUAGGCUCACAAAGCUGUCUCUGAAUACAAAGGUUCCCAUAGUCAAUAGUGUCAAGCAUUUGUACU